CUUGAAAUAACAACAGAAUGUACAGGCCAGAAAUGCACCAGUGGUGUGUGACUGCUUAUUUAGGGGGAAGUGGAAUGCAAUCCUGCCCCCUCGCUCUCAAUUAUCCCCACUUAGCCCAUUCUUCUCAGGAAGUGAAUUGCAUGAAACAUUAAUGGACUUUGUCCGCCAGGCCUAUGAAGCAGCUUGGCCGCUUUUAACAACAGCCUCCUCUCCCUCCCACAGUGAAACCGAAGCUGCUUUUUUCCUGUAACAGUUGAAUGACUGCUUCUCUUUCUAUUUUUCUCUCUCUUCCUCAUUCAUCUGAAGACUUCCUCUGAAAUAAGCAUAGGCAGUUUAUUCUUCUAUCUGAAAAAAGAAAAGGAUGACCACUUUUUGGAAGAAAUAGGAAAGGUGCAAGGGAAGCGACAUGUUGGAAGAGAGAACUUUGUUGCCAGAGAGCACAGAGGAAGUCGGAAGUUUAGUGAGCAAAGCUCAGGGGUCAGGUAACCAUCCUCGGGUCACCUUUAACGCACCAGAGAAAUCAGAAGAAGAACCACCCCACAGAAAGUUAGCCAAGCUAACAGUCAAGUAUAACCGAAAAGAUCUGCAGAGGUGGCUAGACCUGGAGGAGUGGAUUGACACUCAACUGCAGAAGCUGUAUCCAUAUCAGGAGGAAGAGGAAGAAACAGAUGCAACAGCAGCCCCCGAGCCAGAGAUUGACAUUGAAGACCUUCUUGACAUCUCUAACGAGGAGCAGGAAUCAAAAUUACAGGGAAUACUUCAGGAGUGUUCCAAGCCUACAGAGGACUUUGUCACAGAAUUGCUCAGCCGGCUGAGAGGUCUCAGGAAGGUGACCAAUCCUCAAAAGAAAUGACUCAACAGGGCAAACAAAUCCUACAAAAUGCUUUAUCUUGCUGAAGAGAACUCUCAAUGAAAAUGGGAAUCCAGCAAUGUUGCUCGAUAUUUCAAAGCAUCCACCACCAUCCUUCCCUUUUGGAUUUCCACCUACUGGCAAUGGUCUAUGUGUGGGAUAGAGGUUGUAGCUUAAGGGUACAUCAGAUGCCUGUCCUGUCCAAAUCCCCCAUCCAGUUCCACCCAGACAUUCCUAGCUGGUAAUCAUGGCACAGGGUGUGGAGUUCUGGAAAGCUAUUGCAGAGCAGGUAAGCAGAAUACGGUGUGAAACACACCAAUAGACUAAUUGUGGGAUUUCAAACAACAUACUGAAGACCACACCUUAUCCACCAGGCCUGAUCACUGUGGCCCUUUAAUAAUUUGGCCUACAACUCCUAUCAGUCCUAGGCGGCAUAGCAUAGUAACAGACUAUGGGAAUUAUAGUCCAAUAAAAUAAGAAAAUAUUGGUUAUUCCUGAAUAGGGACAGAGAAAUGGCUGUUGGGAAUGGGGCUCGGAAUCUCCAUGCCUUAUUCUUCUGUCAGACGUUUCUGUGAUGUUUUCUGACGAUACAACCUCCCAGCCUCAACUGCAGAACUUUAUUGAAGGGGAAUUUCCAGACAACUAUGACUUGUAUAUAUAAACUUUCUAUGUUGUACCACAAUUUAUUUCACUUCACUUCUUUCCACAGGAAAUUCUAGUAAGACAGAAUAAGUUCUUAUUGUGUUUUGAUUAAUAGUGCUAGGAGCUGGCUGUGUAAACUAAUAAGCGGACAACUAUGCCCAGUUUUCAUCCCAAUGCAACACUCGGGCCAGCAUUUCUGUGCUUUUCUGUUAUUAUUGCAUCCAUUUUCAGAGAGUUGAGGGAGGAGAUUUAAAGAAGAGCAAACCACCACAUUUGCAUAUAGUUGUUCAGUUUUAGGUGCAUUUUAAAGAGAAAAUUCACCUGAUUUUUUUGUUUUCAGGAGCCCCCAGUGGCGCAGUGGGUUAAACCGCUGAGCUUGCUGCCCGAAAGGUUGCCAGAUUUAAAUAUGGGAGCGGCAUGAGCUCCCACUAUUAGCCCCAGCGUCUGCCAACCUAGCAGUUCGAAAACAUGCAAAUGUGAGUAGAUGGAUAGGUACCACUCUGGUGGGAAGGUAACAGUGCUCCAUGCAGUCAUGCCGGCCACAUGAUCUUAGAGAUGUCUACGGACAAUGCCAGCUCUUCAGCUUAGAAAUGGAGAUGAGCAUCAACCCCCAGAGUCAGACACAACUGGCGUUAAUGUCAGGGGAAAACCUUUACUUUUAUCUUUACUUGUUUGUUUUCAAAAUAUGCUUUGGUAUAUCUUGGGUAUCUUGAGAGUCAAAUCAAUCUGCUUUAAACAAUUCCCACUCCUGAUUUAUAUAGAAAGGCAUUGCCUGCAUGCUAAUACAUAAGCUGUGUCAUCUUUGUAUUUAAUUAGUUUUGUGUGUUUGUGUACAUGUAUGUUGUUCACUAUUAUUGACAUCUACAUCUAUCUGUAUAAACAUAAUCAUUGUUGAUAUGACAAUUCAGAAAUCUCCAAGGCUUUGUAUUUUCAUUAAUAGGAACAACAUCAUUUAUUUGCAGUUCUAUGCUUUGACUUUAUCUGCUGUUGUCUCAUUUUUCACAGUCCCUGCUUAUCUGGCACAUUGCUAAUGUCUGCCUGUGGACAGAGAUAACAGUAAAAGAAAAAUGUCUUAUACAGUAACCCACUUUUAUCCAUGGGAGAUAUGUUCCAACACAGAGAUGCCUGAAUCAUAGACUAAUAGAGUUGGAAGAGACCACAUGGGCCAUCUAGUCCAACCCCCUGCCAUGCAGGAAAAACUCAAUCAAAGCAUCCCUGACAGAUGGCUAAAACCACAGCUAGUACCAAACUCUAUGUUAUGACAUGUUAUUAAACAAGAAGAAUAUACAAGUUAGGAAAGGCUUUCGCAAUUUACUUUGCCCAAGCCUACUGGGAAAAACAAGAUUCUGCCCCUAUCCUAGGUAACCAAGUAUAAACUACAAUUGCAUUUUGAACUCAGUUCCUAAGAAUGGAAGUAAACUAGAGACAAAUUCAGAGGUGAGAUAAACUGAAAUAUAUUAAAAUCGGUUGAAAAAUUUUAUGAUGCAAUUGACCUGAUCCGUCCCUACCAAAUCGGAACAGUUGCAGGAUACAGUGAGGCAUUUGUCUCAUUUCCCCAAGUUUCCACAUCUUUUCAUUAUCAAUACUAUAACCCAGAUUCUGGUUGAGUAAUCUGUCAAAACACUUAAUUAGGAAGUAGCUUGUGUAUGUGUGUGUGUCUUUUUUUUGGACAAGGCACAGCAAAUUAACCUUUAGCCCUUCAUGUUCCACAGAAAGGUUUCCUCUUCGGGUGGCUGUCAAAUCACAGGAGAGCCCAUUGAUGUUGUUGAUGCUUAUUAGUGGAAAGGGGGAUGAAAGAAAACAAUUCAGACAAUGAAUCUGCUCUGGGCCCCUGGGAGAGGAAAAGAAGGGUGCAUGUCAUCUAUGAGCAUACUGUUAUUUCUUCCCCGCUGAACUGAGACCACUUGAUUCUUCAGACCUCCUAAACCAAUAAGUAAGCACAAUCAGGGUCACUUCCAGGGCUUGACAAGUGUAGGUGUGUUGGGUGUGUGUGCAUGUGUGUGCAUGCAGUGGUGGAAAGACACUGAACUGUAAGGCAGACCACUAUCUUCCAUGUGUUCAAGCUAGGAUAUUUGCCAUUUCCCCCCAGAAUCCUCUACUAAUCUUGGCCACUCAGAAAAAUGAACAUGAUAUAGGAUUCCCCUAUUUUGGGCAGAAGGGCUGGGGGAGAAGGAGGAAAGAAGAAGAUAACAAAGAAAAACCCAAUGUUGUUAUUCAUAAUCACUGUUAUCAUUCAUCAUUUGAUAACGGCAAUGACACCACAUCAUUCAAAACAUGAACCCAUAUGGAUUAGUAUUUCCAGAAGUUUAUGGAUCAAGUGCACAAAGCAUGGAAUAAACAAGUUAUUUUUCAGCAAAAAAAGAAAAAAAAGAAAAGGUAGCUCAGACAUGGGAGAACUUCAGCUAUAAUAGGUUUUUCCUCCUCUAUGGUGGCCAAGGGGAUAAAAGCCUCGUAACUUGAAGGUUGGGUUGCUGACCUGAAAGCUGCCAGGUUCAAAUCCCACCCGGGGAGAGUGCGGAUGAGCUCCCUCUAUCAGCUCCAGCUCCAUGCGGGGACAUGAGAGAAGCCUCCCACAAGGAUGAUAAAACAUCAAAAACAUCCGGGCGUCCCCUGGGCAACGUCCUUGCAGACGGCCAAUUCUCUCACUCCAGAAACAACUCCGGUUGCUCCUGACACGAAAAAAAAAAAUCUUAUGCAUUCUCAUGUGGCUCUAUAAACACAAGUACCAGAGCUUCGAAUUCAAAAGUAUUUUAAUAUAGAAAUGUGUAAAAGUUAAAAAACAAGGAAAAGGCUGAAAAAUUUGAGUUGCUUUAGAAAUGUGAGUCUUCCCUAGUUGUACAUGCUCCUUCAGGUAAUUAUAAGGUGGGGUUUCCUCUACAUUUCCUAUGAGAAGGAAUAGACAUUGAUGACUAAGAGGCUGAGUGUUCAGGAUACAUUUUUCCUGAACAGUGAGAAUUAAUUUGCCCGCCAGCACUUUGAAAUGUUAUUUUUUGAAUGACAACUUCCACACUCCCAAGCAAACAUGGCCAAUGGACGUGGGAAACAUGGAUUUUGGGAUGUCCCAAAAAUAUUUUUUUCAAAUUCAGCUUUACCUGAAAAUCAAUGUUCCAUUUUUGGCUCCAUCUCUUUGUCUAUAGCAAUAAAUGUGGUCAAAAUUGCUAA